CGUCCACAAGAGAGAAGCACGCAGCACAUUGAAUUUAGUCGUUUACGUCACUUUGUAGCGAUUUUCACCAAACUAAGCAUGUUUCGGCCUAUAGUUUCAUAUAAUACCAUUUCCACCGAUCAACUUUAGUUGAUAAUACGUAUUGUAAAUUGCAGUAUCUUAACCAGCUACAUUUUAAAUGGUAAAUCGAAAUAAUAUAUUUGAAAGGCAAACGCUUAUUUUCUUAUUCAGCUAACGCGUUAGCCAGCUACUGACUGUUUAGACUGCAAACGUUAACUUCACAUGGCUUCUGUCCUGAAUGUUCAAACCCUACAGGGUUUAAGAAUAUUUCAACAGAAAUUGAUAUGGACCAAAGGAUUUGUGCGGUUUGCCUCAAUUGGGCAAGGCAGGAUAGAAAAAGUCCUCAUUGCCAACAGAGGAGAAAUCGCCUGCCGUGUGAUGCGAACAGCAAAGAAGAUGGGUGUGCGCUCUGUGGCAGUAUACAGUGAUGCAGAUCGUCAUUCCAUGCAUGUGGCCAUGGCAGAUGAGGCCUAUAACAUUGGGCCAGCCGCGUCCCAGCAGAGUUACUUGUCCAUGGAGAAAGUCAUGGAGGUUGCCAAGAGAUCUGGAUCGCAUGCUGUCCACCCAGGAUAUGGCUUCCUGUCAGAGAACACAGAGUUUGCUGAGGCAUGCAAACAGGAGGGUAUCAUCUUUAUUGGCCCUCCAUCAUCUGCUAUCAGAGACAUGGGUAUCAAAAGUACAUCAAAAUACAUAAUGUCAGCUGCGGGUGUUCCUAUCAUCGAGGGUUACCACGGAGAGGACCAAUCGGAUGAGAAGCUCCAAGCUGAGGCUGUCAGGAUAGGCUACCCAGUGAUGAUAAAGGCUGUGCGUGGCGGGGGUGGUAAAGGAAUGCGCAUUGCACACACCGCUGAAGACUUCCAUGAGCAGCUUGAGUCUGCGAGACGAGAGGCUCGCAAGUCCUUCAAUGAUGAUGUCAUGCUAGUGGAGAAAUUUGUAGAGGACCCCAGACAUGUGGAGGUCCAGGUUUUUGGGGACCAGCAUGGAAAUGCUGUCUACCUGUUUGAGCGGGAUUGCAGCGUGCAGAGAAGGCACCAGAAGAUCAUUGAGGAAGCACCAGGUCCUGGAAUUAGCAAGGACGUGAGGCGGAAACUGGGUGAGGCAGCCGUGAGAGCAGCCAAAGCCGUCAACUAUGUGGGAGCAGGCACUGUGGAGUUCAUCAUGGAUGCACAGCACAACUUCUUCUUCAUGGAGAUGAACACGCGUCUGCAGGUGGAGCACCCUGUGUCUGAGAUGAUCACUGGUACUGACCUGGUGGAGUGGCAGCUCAGGGUGGCUGCAGGCGAGAGGCUGCCCCUCCUGCAGGAGGAGAUAGAACUGAUGGGCCAUUCGUUUGAGGCCAGGAUAUACGCUGAGGACCCCAACAACGACUUCCUCCCUGGGGCAGGACCCCUCCUUCAUCUGUCUAUACCCCUGGCAGACGAGUGCACACGCAUCGAGACAGGCGUCAGGGAAGGAGAUGAAGUGUCAGCCCACUACGACCCCAUGAUCGCUAAACUGGUGGUGUGGGGAGAGGACCGCUCUGCUGCUCUGAGGAAGCUCAGAUACUGCUUACGUCAGUACAACAUUGUAGGCCUCAACACCAAUAUUGACUUCCUGCUGAGUCUGUCUGGCCACCCAGAGUUUGAGGCAGGGAAUGUGACCACCAGCUUCAUCCCCCAGCACUAUGAGCAGCUGUUCCCCAAGCCCAGCCCUCCCUCCAGGGCAACACUGUGUCAGGCUGCCCUGGGCCUGCUGCUCAGAGAGAGGGCCAGCACUCGAACCUUCAGAGACCAGUCCAACGAUCCCUUCUCUCCUUUUGCCUCCAGUAACGGCAGGAGGGUGAACAUCCUAUAUAGUAGGAAUAUGACGCUCCAGCUGGGUGAAACUAAAGUGGAAUUAACGGUUACAUAUAAUCCAGAUGGGACCUACUCUAUGGAGAUUGGAGGGGAAGUGUUCCAGGUGUCAGGGGAGGUGGAGACAGAGGGACAGACAUCAUUCCUGCACUGCUCUGUGAACGGGGUGAAGUCCCGGCCCAAACUGGUCAUCUUGGAUAACACAGUACACCUCUUCUCUAUGGAGGGUAGUGCGGAGGUGAGCAUUCCAGUGCCCAAGUUCCUGGCUGGUGUGAGCACAGGAGCACAGGGAGGAGCUGUGGCACCCAUGACUGGGACCAUUGAGAAGGUGCUGGUGAAGGCAGGAGACACAGUGCAGAUGGGAGACUCCUUGAUGGUGAUGAAUGCCAUGAAAAUGGAGCACAUCAUCCGAGCACCCAAAGCUGGAGUCAUCAAGAAGGUGUUUUUCAAGGAUGGCUCCCAGGCCAACCGACACGCAGCCCUGGUAGAGUUUGAGGAGGCCGCUGAGGAAGAAUAAUCUAAUCCUCGUGUGAAUAUUUAUUUGUGAACUUUGAGACUAAGUUACUGUAGAAAUCAAAUGUACAAUCCUAAGGGAACACUGUACAGUUGCCUUCAUGUUUUGUGGCAGAAAUGUGUCGAUAUUUAACAAUACUGGUAUAUUUGCUUAGGUUUUUUUUCUAAUCCAAAUUUUCUGAUGGCUGUGUAGAAGUCUGGCUUUCGUACUAUUCUCCUCUUGCAGUUUUCUCUUUGCAGACUGCCAUCAUUGAAGUCGUUUGUGGUGUUGUCAAAAUGAAGGGUGAUGUAAAAAAAAAAGUCAGUGAUUGGUUCUUCUCUAACCAAUCAGAAUUUUCAAAAUGCCACUUUACCAUCAGUUUCUGGGACCAAUUAGAUGGUCUAGAAUGGAUUUCUAUUCGGGGAGUUACUCAGAUCGACACAUUGUGGAGAAGGGCAUGGCGUCGCAUUUGGCCAGAGCAAGGAAUUUGGGUAGCCAGGCAAUUUUCUUCUAGCUUCAGUUUUGUACAUGCUGCCACAUCUUCUAUAGCCUGGUCCCAGAUCUGUUUGUACUCCUUGUCAACUUGGCAUGAUAUCACAAACAGAUUGGCACUCAGGCUACAUUUUAGUCUUGGAAAUCCCAGACCUAGGGCAACAUUUUGGGAGCCUAGCUACAUCUCAUAUGAUUCAGAUUCAAUCCAGGAUGUGAAAUUACAAUAAGGGUUAUUCACCGAUAACUGCCUCCCCUGACAGGCCUAACUUGUAUUGGUUACUUUAGCCCAUAAAACUAAUACCAUGGAAGAGAUGACCUAUCAUUAAACAACCAAUUUGAGAGAAGGUUGGUGCUGAAAUCAGUCAGGGUUAUGAAGUGUUGAAUCCCCCCAAGCACACACUCCUGACAACUUGUUUGUGGUAAGUUAUGUCUGCUAACCUGUGUGCUGUCAUCGAUGUGUUCCCUUUGUAAUUAGCGGAGUGUUGCCAAAUAAUUUUUUUCUAAAAGAUCAUUUCAUAGAGAAACUCAAUAUCCUGUCUUUUUUUGUAGCUGUAUAGAGGUAUAUUACUAAUUGUCAUGACGUUGGCCUGGGGGAUAGAUUUAUGACAGUCAUAAAUACCUCCUCCUGUUUCCUCUCUACCCUACAUUUAAAAAACCUUUGGUUAACAGAGAUUCUGGGAACAUCAGUAGGUGGGGGGGGGUGAAUGAACUAUAUUCUGGUAAUCUGAACAAAUGCGGUGGUACUUAAUGAAUAUGUCAGUUCGGUUGUCAGCAGACAUUCUCAAUGAUAAGAUGACAAACUACAGUGGAAAGUCUACACAGAGUUAUCGGAUUCACAUGAAAUUGUGAUGGGAUGAAAUGUGAUUUUAGCUUCUAAAAUGAGAGAUUUGGAUUUUCAUAAGAUAGGGCUGCUCAAUCAGUGGCCCGCCUCUGAAGGGACAUGGGCUAUAAAACACGCCCUCUUCUCCCUUCCUAUAUAAAGCCUUGACGACAGUCCUAUGUCAGAAUGGUUCAGAACUACAGAAUGAAGCCAACAUCAGCGUGAGCUUUGGUUGCGAAUGGUAUGAACUUUGAACUCUUAUUCACUACAGAAGUGAUACCUCCUAGCCGUUGAGUUAGCAACAGCAGGUUAGGAAGGAACAGACAAGAGUAUCCCGUCUACCACACAACGACGUUACUACAACAGCCAAUUGACAACCAGAGGACUCGGUUUGGCAACACGGUCUUCCAUCUACCACCAACCUACUGAAGUGCAGCUCAGAGUAAAUAUUUAUUGCAUUUCCCUUUUCAAAUGGGUGGUAAUUUAGAUUAGAUAAGAUAUUGUAAAUACAGUAGCACAGCUUUUUCCCUUUGUUCCUCAGUCUCACGCUCUUUCACUCAACCCAUCCCCUUUUCCUUUGUGUAACAAGUUGUCAUAUCCGUUCCGCCCGCUAGGGACGUUUUCCUUUAUGACGUAAUUUGUAAUCAAGUUAUGAUUAAUUGUGAGUAUGUGAGUUGUGUGAUUAGUUAGGUAUUUAGUAAAUAAACACUUUUGUAUUGCGGAUUCAACAAUUUACAACUUUCAGAUGAGACUGAAUUGAGUUGACGAUUGAUAUCGACUGCUAUGGAUGUAAAAUAUUACUAGGUCUUUAAGAGUAUUUGGAAGAUAACAGCUCUAUAAAUAUUAUUUUGUGGUGCCCGACUCUAGCUAAUUACAUUUACAUGAUUAGCUCAAUCAGGUAAUAUUAAUUACGGAGAAAUUAUUUUAUAGAAUAGCAAGUCAUAUCACAUAAUCCGGCAUAGCCAAAGACACGACACUAUGCUAGUGCUAUCGAAUGGUCAAGUAGUGUGUGUCAACAUUUGUUGCAUACACAUUCUGCUGGAAAGGACAAAAGUUACAUGCUUUUUAAAAACAUUUAUUCCAUAAAUAGAAUUUGCUUUAAACAUCAACCAUUUCACUGACAGGAGUACAAUAACAUACCUUUUUUCUUCAAUGAACAUGAUCAAGAAAAACAAACAGCUGACUUCACAUCAGUGUCCUUGUAGAGAUGUAUCCAUAUUGCCUUCAUAAAUUGAUUGAAAUUGAAAUGUGACAAUCUGAACAAGAUGCUGCAUUUAUAUCAAAACUGAGUAGCAAACAAGUACAAUCCAUCAGAUAUGACCAAUGCUGACCAUGAUCAAUAGUAGUGCCAGAUAUAAUUACGAAUAUUGGUACCAUGCAAAUAAAUAUCAAGCUCCACUGACUUCUUGGACAAGUGUCUCCCAUUUCAAGCUACUGAGAGGUAUGUAACGGCUAAAAAUAGUAACCAUAUAAAAUCCCAUGAUUAUGUAUCUCGGCAAUAUUCGAAUAAAUAUGUAUGCUGAUGUGCAUAAUGUCACUGUCAUUGUUAGCAAGUUUAAAAUGGUUGGCUCAAUGACCCUCUGGACUCAGACAUUUCCAUUAUUGUGGGCUAAAAGGCCCCAAAAGCUAAAGAGAAUACAGAGAGCAAAAGCAGUUGCAUUCAGUCCGUGAGGUUCUCUCGCCUGCCCUAUUACCAGUAAUAUGAUGGAAAUAAAUACAAACAUUAACAAGUGGUUAGUAAGAGGGGGGAAAAGACUAACAAAUUAAAUAAAAAAACAUGAUUCAAAUGAUAGGCAAUGAUUAGUGAAAGGCAAACAAAAACAAUGUGGCUUUGAAAACAACUAGAUGUGAAAGCUAUUUUAUGUCAUCUUGGCAGCUAUUAUUUCAUAUCUGGGUUGUUCCACGAAAAGAGUACCUUUUGUGACCCUUUGAUAUUCUAAGUAGAAAUUGUGCACCAAUAUUAAAUUCUAAAGCCUGUAAUAUUAAAUGAAGUGCCCUUUAAUAUAGACCACAUGGAAAAUUCAAUAAAAUCAGAUUUUAAUAGACUUAAAGACCAAAAUUAAGCAUUUUGACAUGUCCCUCUGCACCCUCUAAGAUGAUUUUAACCCACUUAACCUGAAUAUUUCUCCAAGUUUUACCAUCAUUGUAAAGCCCUACUUAUUUAGUUGCUUUGCAUUUCUGAAAAUAAUUUAUAAUUAUCAGUGAUUCAUUCAAAUAAAAAAGUUUGAGUGAAUUUUCCCUUUAAUAUGGUGAAACUGUUCCUUUAUUUUUGGGGGGGCCAUUAUCUGGUGUUUUGUGGUGAAAACUGAGUGUUGAGAAGAACACAUCAACCCUGUUAUGUAGAGGCUAGAAAUGUUUUUUUUUUUUUAUGUAUAUA